UCGUACCAUUUCAACAUGGCGGAUGAACUCGUGUUGUUGUUUGUUGGAAGUGGUUUGAGUGAACAGAAAGCAAAGGAAACUUUGAAAAAUGAAGUUGUAUCGCAAAGUCUAAAAUCUUCUCUUGACCAGGUUGGAAAGUUAUCUCCUGGUCUACAGAAGGACAAGGAUAUAGGCAAGCUUCUCUAUCACACUGCAACAAAGCUCAAGGCCAGAAAAUUUCAGAGCAUCAUUGUUGACUAUGUGGCAAAGAAAAAACUGACAUCAGAGGCUCAAUUAAAUGCUGCACUCGACUACUUCAAGCACAAUCCCCUGGAUCCAGUGGACUAUGGAAAAUUUGAGGGGGAGUGUGGUGUGGGUGUGGUCAUCACGCCAGACAUGGUGGAGGCUGCUGUGGAGGAGGUGAUCGCUAAACACCGUAACGGCCUCACCACCCAGAGAUACAAGUACAAUAUAGGACUGAUCAUGUCUGAAGCAAGAGCCAAGCUGAAAUGGGCUGAUGGAAAGGCAGUGAAGAGUGAGGUUGAUAUGCAGGUUCUAGAUCUCUUGGGACCAAAGACUGCUGCUGACUUGGAAAAACCCACCAAGCAAAAGGGAGGAAAGGGACCGAAAGAUGUAGAAAAUGCCAAAAAGAAAGAUGCCAUCAAAGAGGCGCCAUCAGUGGAAAACUUCCUGGGUAAAGAUGGUGAGGUAAUGAGUUUCAUGGAGCUGAUGGGUGAGGCGGUCAAGUUCCACAAGCCCGGGGAAAACUACAAGACCUCGGGCUAUGUUAUCACGCCUAAAACCAUGGACAUUCUAAAACAACACCUGAAGGAAACUGGAGGCAAGGUGUACAGCAGAUUUCCCCCAGAACCAAAUGGAAUCCUCCACAUUGGUCAUGCUAAGGCCAUCAACUUCAACUUUGGAUACGCUAAGGCUAACAACGGCAAUUGUUACUUGAGGUAUGAUGACACCAACCCAGAGAAAGAGGAGGAGAAAUUCUUCACUGGAAUCAAAGACAUGGUGGAAUGGCUAGGCUACAAGCCAUGGAAGAUAACUCAUGCCUCAGACAACUUUGACAAGCUGUACGGCUAUGCUGUGGAGUUGAUUCGACGAGGUCAUGCGUACGUGUGUCACAUGAGGUCAGAGGACAUCAAGGGGUUCAAUCCUCCAGAUUCCCCGUGGAAGGACAGGCCUAUUGAGGAAUCUCUACAACUGUUUGAGGACAUGAAGAACGGCAAGAUCCAAGAAGGGGAUGCAACUCUCCGGAUGAAGACCACGCUGGAGGAAGGCAAGAAGGAUCCCGUCGCCUACCGGAUAAAGUUUGCUCCACACCAUCGCACUGGUGACAAAUGGUGUAUCUACCCAACCUAUGACUUCACCCAUUGUCUGUGUGAUUCCAUAGAGAACAUCUCCCACUCCCUGUGCACAAAGGAGUUUCAGUCGCGCCGAUCCUCAUACUACUGGCUGUGUAAUGUCCUUGACCUUUACUGCCCUGUCCAGUGGGAAUAUGGCCGCCUUAAUCUCAGCUAUACUGUCGUCUCCAAGCGCAAGAUUGGCAAGCUUAUAACUGAUGGAUGUGUUCGAGACUGGGAUGACCCUAGACUGUUCACACUGACAGCCCUUCGUCGACGAGGAUUUCCCCCAGAGGCAAUCAACCUGUUCUGUGCCAAGGUUGGCGUCACAAUGGCCCAGACAGUUCUAGACCCAAGUAUGCUAGAGGCUUGUGUCAGAGAUGUGCUCAAUAUUAAGGCUCCUAGGUGUAUGGCAGUAUUAGACCCGCUGAAGGUGACCAUAUCAAACUUCCCUGGUGAUCACUCAGGGGAGAUAACUGUGCCUGACUUUCCUGCGGAUGAGGCUCGUGGAUCACAUAAAAUACCCUUCACCAAAACCGUCUACAUAGAGAGAUCUGAUUUUAGAGAAAACGCUGAUAAGAAUUACAAAAGGUUUUCCUGUGAUCAGCCUGUAGGUUUGCGACAUGCUGGAUAUGUCAUUGCAGUGGAGUCUGUUAAAAAGGAUGGGAGUGGAAAUGUCACAGAGAUCCUUGCCACAUGUAAGCCCUCCUCUGAUUGUGAGAAACCCAAGGGCUUCAUUCAGUGGGUGUGUAACCCCCUCGUUUGUGAGGUCAGACUCUACGACAAGCUUUUCUACCAUAAAAACCCAGAGGAUUCCAACGAAGUACCUGGAGGUUUCCUGAAUGAUGUCAAAAGGGACUCACUGCAAGUGAUACCUAACGCAUAUGUCGAUCAGUCAGUGAAGAACGCUAAGAGUCUGGACAGGUUUCAAUUUGAGAGGAUAGGAUUCUUCACUGUGGACAAGGACACCACGCCGGGAAAGGUUGUGUUUAACCGCACAGUCACUCUGAAGGAAGACAAGGACAAAAACUAACAAGGGGGACAAUCAUCUGAGGAAGGGAGACAAUCAGCAGAGAAUGGGAGAUAAUUCUGAUUAUUUAAAGAAGCAAGGACUCAACUUGAUCAUUAAAAAUUGGAGAGAGAAAAGACAUUUUAUGUUGAAAAUAGUAUACGCAGUUCUUCUAAACCAUUGUUCAUCUCUUUUUAAAAAUAUGAACACAGUGCAUUUUAUUGUUCAUUCUAAACUUUCAGUGCAGUUUGAAAGAAUUUUUUUUGUUUUUUUAUAUGAAUGAUUGUUUUGUACUCUAUAUGACAGCUUGUCACAUAAAAAAGGAUUGUUAAACAUUUGAAUUAUUUAUUCUUUAAAAAACGCUCAAACAAAAAUGCUCAAUAUAAGGGCAUUGAGUUUACAUACUUAAAGCAGUUGUGCUUUAAGCUUUCUGACUCCUGACUCUAUGUUUGUCCAAACUUUCAUGCUAAUAUGCUUUAAAUGUUUAGUUGUUGCCUUAUAAUUCUUUCUUUUUUAAAAAAUACUAAAUUGAAAUUAUUUAGUACAGCAUAGAUUUUUUUUUCAGAGUGUUUAUAAUUUGAUGUACAUGUAUAUUUUUUAUGCUACUGGAUAAAAAACCUUUUCUCGACUGAUUGUUGACUCCCUAGACGUAGUUCCAGAUAUAAAAUGGCUGCAUUGAAGUGCUUAAGUCUGCUGUAUGAUCCAUACUAAUGCAGAAUAAAUUAUUUAUUAAAGAGAAAGA